CUCGUUGAAAUGGGUACGGCUUUCUUUCUUUUUAUUAGAAGGGAAGAAGAUUUUUGCUAAUCUCUUUCCUAUCCCUUUAUAUUAUUGCUUUAUUUAUACAAUGUUAAAGAAACUUUUCUUACCGUAGAUUUAAUGGUGGUGGGUGUGUGUUAGUUCAGUAAACCGGCGUGAAAGACUGGCAACUGCCGUAACCACCAACCUGGUUGCAGCCCGUACUAGGCUAGGCGUCUGUUUGUAUGUGUGUGUGUGGGGGGGGUGUGUGCGUUUAAAAGUGGACCAUAGACAUGGCUGUUUGUUUACGCCAAACAAUAAAUAUAUACAUACACAUAUGCACGUUUCAUGUGUGUAGAUGUGUAUGCGCCUUAUUAUCAUAGUGAGAGAAACACAGGGACAUAAUGACAUAAAAAGUUUUGAUGGAACUCUUUAGUAAUGAUAUCAAUAUAAACUUAAUGUGGGUGUGUGGGUGUGAGUGAGUGAGUGAAUGGGUGGGUGGGUAGGUGGGUAGGGUAUGUGUGACUGAAUAGUUAAAUGAGUAAAGGGGUAGAUAGAUGUGAAUUAAAAUUUCGACAAUUUCGCUUUUCAUACGCCUGUUUGCCAUAAAAAUUCGUCCCCUUCUUAUAAUGAAGCAUAACACUUUAAUCACCACCAGUACUAUAUUGAUGUGAUCAUCAUUACAACUACUAUACUGUAUACCACUGAUAAAUCCAAGGAAAAAUAUUUUACCAUGAUAAAUCUUAAAUUGUUUAACAAAUUUUAUUCACAUUCUGAAUAAGUAGUCUACUACUGCUAAUACCCAGAGGAGGCAAAGAAACAAUUAUCCUUCAAAGAAAUCUAAAUUCUCUCCAUAUUAAUUGAACAGAAAAUCUACCAAACAUACACGUCAUCCAACAACACAAUACAGAGCAUCACUUCUAUCUUUUGAAAACUCCACUGAAUUGAAUGUGAUAGCACAGCAUUUCUCCGGCUAGAAAAUCGUCUACUUUUCUCAAAUCCACACUCUGCAAUAUAUAUUUAUAUAAUAUAAACAUCUCGUGAAUUGGCAUCAAUAUUUAGAAAGCAGCUUCUAUUAUCUAGAGUUUCAGAACUCCAGUAGCUUUCUACGUCGUUUUCGAGGAAAAAAUUCAGUCACUAAGAAAACAAGAUAUUUCGCAAUUUUAAAUUUUGGAUUCAAUUUCAAGAUGUUUAUCAAUCACGAUGUCUGUAAUUUAUCAAGUGACUCUAACUUACUAAGUGCACAAAGUAAUGAACAACUAUUGAUGGCAAUAAAUAAAUUAGGAUGUUCAUGGUCAUCUAGUAAUAUUGAUUCUAGUAAUUGUAACAGUUGUAAUAACUAUAAUUCAUCAUGUUUUACCCCGUGGUUAUCAUCUACAACUAUGCCGUACGAUCGACCUUACAGACUACCAGAAACAGAUCGUCUUGAAGAUAUGCAGUUACUUCAGUCGGUGAAAAAGCUAAAUGUACUCCAGGAUAAUGCCCUUGAUAACAAGACUAGUAAUCCACUUGACUAUUCAUUACAUUCACAAAUAAAUGAACAUCAUUCUUCUGCAUUCACUACGCUUAUUUCACCAAGUCUACCACAAACAAAGCAUAACUUUAGUCGUAUUCCGAACAUUCGUGAAAAUAAUGACUGUGAUUUAUCAUUCCCUUGGACAUUGAAUUAUGAUGUCGAGUCGAAAAAUUGUAUGUCUAACAUCGAAGCUAAUAGUGGACGUUCAUUAAAGCGUAAGUAUUCAGAAAGUUCAUCAAAUAUAACUAGAAAAUAUUCUCAAAAAUAUAUGAGAAGUGAGUUUAACAAGACGGUGGUUUCUACCGAUGAUAAUAAUAAUGGUAAGGAUACUGUCAACAAAAAUACUAUCAGCAACAGUAGUCAGCUGAAUAAUUCAAACCACUCGCCAACUAGUGAAAUUACAAACUCAGCCUCUCCUAUGAUUAAAAAUUUUGCUGAUAAAAGUUUAAAUUCAUCAGGGAGAAAAAAGUUCAAAUCAGAUAAAGACAUUCAACUGAAUAACACUAAAUCUAUGAAUACACCAACAUCAAGUACAGCUGUCCCGUCAAGUAUGAUAGCUAACACAGGUAUAAAUUGUUCAAGUGAUGUUAGUAUAAAUGACAGUGAUAACAAAAGUGGAAAUAAAAGUGGUACAGUUACUACAGCAGCAUAUAAGUAUUUAACAUGGCGUGAAAAAGAUCGUCGACGAAGAUUUCGUGAAGAAUGGAAACACCUAUGGCUUGUUAUACCCCAUGGACUCUAUGAGGUCAUGUGUCUUGUUUGUCAUAAAGUUAUGACGCAAAGGAAGUUAGAUACAAUCAAGCGACACACUGUUAGACGACAUGCUGAACUACUGAAAAUGCCUGAGUCGGACAGACAAGAAUUAUUUGAUCAGUUAUUCAAGCAGCAUAAUAAUAACAAUAAUAUGCUUGGGGAAUCAAAUACAAAUUCAUUAACUAAUGAAAUUGGUAAAAUCCAUCAGAAAUCGAGUGAUACAUGUAAAUCUAAUUCCAAAAAGAGUUCACGUAGUACAUCAAAUAUACAGGGGUCUAAUGAAGCCUCAAAUAACCUGUCGAAUUAUGCUCCACGUUGGUCUAAUAACAAAAUGACUGAAACGACAUCUGUCACAAACUUAAGCAGGUCUAACAGCAUUCCAUCAAAAUAUACUCCUUCACAUUAUGUGCCGCACAAGAGAGAUUUUUGCAGUAAAUCCAGCCAGAUCUCUGAUACAACACCUGAAUACACAAGAAACUUCUUCACCAACAAAGGUAGAUCACCUUCAAAAAUACCAAUAGAAGAAAUGAUUGAUGAAAUUUUGAAUAAAAUACCAGUAAACUUGAGAAAACAAUGGCAGGACCAUUUAGAGCUGACUGAAAAUAUACCUACCAAUCAAUUUCUGGAUUAUAAAAAUCCCCUAGACAAUUCUAUCUAUUCGAAUUCAUAUCAAAAAGAAAUUGUCAAUAGGCAUCAAUUUACUCCUGAGUCAUCAGUACCAAGUACUAUAAUUUCCUCGCCGAUUUCAUCAAAGAUUUCACCUAUUCAGUGUUCUUCUCAUCUUCCUAUUUCUUAUAUCACACCUCAUAUUUCCAAGCUGGAAAAUUCUUCAAAAUCAUUUCCUACAACAAAUUUCAGACAGCGUGGUCUGUCUACACAAUCGUCACCAAUACCAUUAUUUUUAUCCCCAAACAUUCAUAAUUUAGAUGACAUAUCCAACUUUGAGAAGAUUAAUCCUAAUGUAAAUAAAAAUAUUAAAAAUAGAAAUACUGAUCGAAAUAAUUUUACAGCAAAUUUCAACUUAAAUUCUACAGCUCAAGAGAUCAGUUCUUCCAGUAGUAAAAGCAUUCAUAACAACAGUGUGUUGUUGUGUUCCGAUUCUCAAUGCAAUUCAAUAACAAACCAUUUCAUCGAUGACUUUCAAAAGACUGUGCAAAACAAACCUUCAGAAUCAUUAUUAAAUAGGGUGGAUUUUUCUCUGAAUCAAACAUCUGCUCCACAGACUUCUGUGUUUUCAAAUAUCACUGGUACUACAGAAUCACAAACGCUGAUGCUGGCUUCAUGGUUUACAACUCUAAUGAAUGCAGCAAAAACUUCAAACCAACCAACAACUUAUGAGAAGACUUCUCCAGACUUAUUUAAACCAAUUUGGAAUAAUCUAUCAUCUAUGGAAAAACCUUCACCACUUCGUCAGCAGUUCCCGAAUUCCGAACUUUUCAAUGCAAAUCCAUGUGAUUCUUAUUCUAUUCUUCAACAAGCCUCGUAUUUAAAUCCAUGCACAGAUUCCAAAGUUAAUUCAGAAGGAAAGGAGACCAUAAAUUCGUGUAAAAAGAGCUCAGAUUCACAGACAAGCGUAAAUUCAGAUUUAAACAAGUUUACGAUUUCAUCUUUAUUGAGUACAAAUUCACGUGAGACAACAAAAUCGAUAGCUACGCUAAACAAGGAGAGUAGCCAUCAUCAGUCUGACAUUUCAAAUAAACAAAAAACCUCGAUUUGUUCUAAUAACACCCGUUCUGAUGACCAACAUGAUGACAUCUGUAAAAUGUCCAAGUUGAAGUCGAUUUCGGAUUAUUUCGAAAGCCUUUUCUAUGGGUUUAAUGAGAAGAAACACGAGUGCUCACCUCAUAUUUUAGAUCAGAUUCGAGCAUACAAACUAAAUAUAGACUUGUUAACCAAGUUUUUAACAAAACAAAUUAAUGGACAUUAUGAUUUCACGGAAAUACGUGAUUCCUUUAAUUUUGAAGAACUGGAGGCUAAAAUAAGACAGCAUGGAGCCAAUGAAUUCCAAGCAGAGAGUCAAAAGACAUUAAAACUUCCUCAUAUUCAACAGAGCCAAGAUCUAGGCACAGUAGAAGAUUGUAUGCGAAUUUAUUACUCUGAAAUAUUUCGGAAUCAAUUCAAUGAUCUUCAAAUGAAUUAUGAUUCGAAUCAUCAGCCACCAGCAGCUGGGUGUAUUUUGGUUGAAGGAGAAAACAAUUUUCGUCCUAAAAAUUAAUACAGAUAUAUAGUUCAGAAUGUGUAUAUACUUAUUUUAGAUCCAACCUUGUUGUAUCUGCUAAAAUCUCAACAAGUAAGCUAAACAUUUUUAUAAUUUCGGUUGUGAUAUUUAAUUAUACUAACUGAGCGAAAUUUUUAUGUAUUCAUACUGUGGAAAACUUUACAAAAUAGAUGAUUUGAUUUAGAUUAUUACCAUAGAUGCCUAAUUAAAACACUAAAUAGUUUGAUAGAUGGUAACUGGCAGUGGGAUCCAGGAAGUGCAUUAUAUUUUCUAUUUGAAACUUGUUAAUUGGAUGUGUCUGUACUUCCCUGUGGUUGGUGAUGUUCCCACAGAGACCCGACCUCAGUAUCCAUCGUUUCAAACUCCAAAGCGUUAUCCACAAGACCUGGAUCAAGAGAGCCAGUUAUUAUUUAUUUUGAAUUCACUUUUGAAUUUCAAAUAUUAGUUUGUAGGGAUUUGAUUGACUGGUUACUAGAUUUCAUCAUGAGUGACGUCGGUUAGAGAACCAUUGGAAAACUAGCUUGGA